GAAAUGGCCAGCCCAUUUGAUAGCAGCAAUUCCGCCUUGCGCUGGGCGAAACAUAAGGGAGCAUAUCUACCUCUUAUUUACCAAACAACUGGCUUUUCAAUCUUUGUUCAAUUUCGGUUCAGACUCGUACCAUUCCUUCUGGGUUCACAGACCUCCCUGCGUAUUUCCUUGCCGUGGCCCGCAAAAGCCGCCUACCCAGUACCCAAGCCUUCGGGUUCUCUUACUCAUUGCCUUCACAGCAGGCCACCCUUCAAACAAUUUUCUGUUCACCUUCACGCCUAAUCACCAACAAUGGCAGACACAUCCAAUGCCUCCCCCGACACCUCUCAUGACACCUUCUCAUGGCUCCAGACCGUCUCGUCGGUUGGUUCGGCACUUAUCGCCAUAGUUACCCUCAUCACCGUCUAUAUUGCUGCGACGCAGCUCGCUACACAGAAUCGAUUGUAUCGACUGGGUCUUUCCCGGGAAGCUGUCGGACCAUGGGAGACCAAGGUUGCCAACACGACCCUUCUCGGGCUUCGGAGAAGAGUUUAUGCCCCAUCCAUUAGCCUUUCCUCGUUGGCGAAGAGUGAAUGGAAGCCUCGCUUUGGAUUUCCCCGUGGAUUUCCGGAAAAGGCAGGCAUAAGCGACGAAGAAGCUGGCGCCAACUUCGUUCAAGCCAAAGCGAGCUGGGUGAAUUUUAUGGAGGGUCUUGGCAUAUCCCCCGCCAGCCAUGGUCUCUAUGAGAUGCAAGAUGCUUCGGAACUCGUCAACCGCGUCGUCCCUAUGACGUGGGUGGGCAAAGACCUCGUUGGACUAUGCUCCAUUCUGGGCUUCCAAUCCUGCGAAAAAAAGCCAAGUCCCAAAUCGCCCAUGCCUUUGCCCAUACAGUGGUCUGGCCCUCUAGGUUGGCUGCAGUUUCGAUCCAGUCCAACUGGCUGCGUUGCAGAGUUCCGCAGACGAAUGGUGCCGCGCAAUCAGAUUUCGGACGGCCUACACUCCUACUGGGAAAAAGACCAAGUUCCCUGCGAGAACCACUUUCUCCUGUCACGCCUAUGCAACUCUAUCAACAGCUUCUGUCUCUCCGACGGCCGCAUUCUUUUCCUUGGUGGCAUUAGCAAAGGCAAGCAUCCACAGGACGACGAGGACCCCGCCAGUGUCCACGCAGUGGCGUCGGAACAGCUGCUCCAAGACCUUACGUCCGAAAAUCUCACAGACGAGGAAAUUAUGUUACACCUCUUCGGGAAAAAGAAGCACCGCCCCAAGGCCCUGCAGCGAGACCCUAAGCGUGACUGGCCCAGCCAGGCCCGACAACAUACCGACGAACAUGAGAUGCCGGGAUUUCUUCAGUCAUUGCUGCGGGAAAAGGCCAACACAACCGAGAACACGGCCCACGUCCUUCAGAAAUGCCCUGGCUUUCUGUCCGUCGUGAUCAACAGUGAGCUUGCGGACAGCCGUGGACUAUCGUUGGAUCAGUGCGAGGAGUACCGUCGCAGAUUCGUUGAAAAGGAGGAUGUCGAUGCCGCCCAGUAUCCUCACAACCUCGGCAAUGUAUACAUGGAUGAGGGCCUCUUCAAGCUCAUGAAGGACUCGCUUCUCCUUCUCAAACCAGAUGGCUUCUACUUCUCACCGGCUUCCAUGCUUUGCGCAGACCUCGGAGAAGCGUAUGCGCAUAUCAACGAACAAUCCAUCAAAUCUGACCACGUCUUCCCCGAAUCAUACGAAGUGCCAGCAGUCUAUCCGCAGGGAGUGCGCCCACAUCCAGCCGGGGACCAAUUGUGCUCUGCCGUGUCGCUUUGCAACGAGCUCCAGCGCCAGCGUAAAGCCGGCCGUCUCUUCUGCUCGGCUGACGAUAUGCGUCUGCUUGCCAAGGUGUCCUACGCUCUCAGAUACAUCGUUUCUCCAUCAGGGCACGACGGAAGGGAUUUAUCCUGGGCCAUGAUUUGCUGCCCCGAUCUGUCACGGGACGUCCGGGACUCCCUGGCCUCGGCCAGUCUGGGUCAAUAUCUCAGCGCGAAAGUCAGCUGCAAAGACGGAUGGUUAGACUGCGCUUCUCUGCCGGGAAUGGCCACACCCGUGAAUGGGAGGGAAACAACAAGGUAUCGAACGCCGCUUGUUGCGGAUGGGGACUACACCGGGGCUCAGGUUCUGGCGGCUUUGUCGGAUGUGUUCAUCACUUUUUAUUGGAUUGACACCAAAUGGAUUACCGACGUGGCCGUCUACGACGCUACAAUUCCACAAAGUGUUACCAUGUGUUGAACAUUGGCGGGUGGGGGGUUGAUGGAGGGAGGGACGAGUAAAAGAGUGGAAAUGGCUAGCCAGCAUGGAAGAAAGGGGUUGAUAUCAGUGAUGCAGUGGGGAAGAUAGGAGGGAUCGCUUGCGCUAAUCAUAGUUACAAAUAGCGCUGUGAAGGGCCCUAAAGGUUUGUGGGUUACAGGCAGGAUCAGCACCUACUGAUGCCUAAACUCAUGGAUAAACAUAAUCACAUCACAACUGACUCG